AUGUUCAGCAAACGGCUCCUAUCGACCAUUGGACGACGCACCAUUCGAUACAAAGCACGUCGAGAUCCAGUACAAAUACGAUUUGCAGAGCCGCCUGUUCAUUAUGCUGGUCCUGUUGCAUUCGGUCUAACGGCUUGUGCCGGUGCUUUUGUUGUCUCUGCUGUAAUCUACGAUCGUAAUCAGGUGUCGUUUUGGGAGCGGUUGCGACAAUUUGGAGGCAUGCGAGGAGGUGGGCCGUAUUCACGUACCGUUACUAUGGAUGAUUACAUUGCCGAGCGACAAGUGUGGAUGCAAGAAAAAUGGGAACGUUUACGACGUCGCGUGGAGCAACUCGACUUUUUGCCACAGGAUCUUGUACGAGCUUAUGUCAUGGUGGAAGAGAAGAUCCUGUCACUUUCAGAGGCUGAAAAGACAUUAUGGUCAUUGAUUGGGAUCAACGUGGCAAUAUUUGGAUGCUGGCAAAUACCUCGAUUGAUGCCAUUCAUGAUGAAGUGGUUUACACACAACCCAGCAGUACCAGGACGGUCGAUCACCAUGAUCACAAGCGUAUUCUCACAUCAAGAAGGAUUCCAUCUUGCACUCAAUAUGGUUGGUCUCUAUUCCUUUGGUAUGGUCAUUCAUCAGCAUAUGGGAAGGGAGCAAUUUGUGGCAUCUUACCUAGCCACUGGUAUUGGAGCCAAUGUGGUCAGCCAUGUGCUCAGUCUUGCGACACGACGUUUUCGACCCGUGAUGCCAGGUUUAGGUGCCAGUGGUGCCAUCUAUGGAUUGUUGGCUGGUACAGCAGUCCUAUAUCCUCAUUCAAGCGUAUCGUUGAUCUUCCUCCCUUUUAUUCCAAUCAAGAUGGGUUAUGCUCUCCCCGCCAUGAUGGGUUUUGAUCUCGCUGGUAUCCUGCUAGGUUGGCGUCGCUUCGAUCAUUAUGCUCAUUUGGCUGGUGCAUCCAUUGGUCUCGCGUAUAUGACUUAUGGUGAAAAGUAUCUCUGGAGACCCCUUGUUCAAGAUGUCCAUCAGAUUAGAAAAAAUCGUAGCUAA